AGUUUCGAGACGAUAAGAAGCGAUCAAAGAAUGUUUAAUUAGUUUUGUCUGUAAAGGAAAUUUUGAAUUUUAUUACACAAAAGUUCUGCUGAUUAAAAUCUGUAAGGACGAGGGUCGAAGGUUUCAGUCUUUAGUGUUGGAAUAGCAUUUCGCAAACAUGUGGAUCAAGUUAUCGAUUCUUCUAGCUUGUAUUUCGGAGUUCAUUGCAGCAGAUACAUGUAACUACAAACGUUACCCGACAUCGUUCAUUCCCAACUUUAUUACAAGAAAUAAUGUGACAACAAAGUUUAGCACUUUAUCAUCUGCUAAAGAGGCAUGUGACCACCUUGGGGAAAAUUGUUUCGGGGUGGUACUGGUUCUCCACAUGCAGUACCGACUCUAUGUUAUCGGUUCAAGCAGCGACAUCCGGUAUAACGAUCAAGCUAUAUCAUGGAGGAAAACUUGCCCGGGAGAUUGUGAAUUCGUUCUCAGCCGUGAGUUUAACGGUCGCUCGGUGGUUUCUAAAUACAACAAGAUCUGCGAUACCGUUAUAACUGAAGAAGAGACAUCGGCUCAAGGUGGUACAUGGCUACCGUGGUCAAGGUGGAGUCCAUGCAGUCACAGUUGUGGUGAAAACGGCGUAAAACGUCGUGUGAGGCAAUGCCGGGUGAACAGACUUGAUAGGGACAGGUGCUCAGGAAACAGAACACAAACCGCUCCUUGCAACUACUCUAGAAAAUGUCCCAUAACUUUAUCGGAUGUUUAUGGUAUCGUUGGUCCCGAGGGAAUCGCAAUUGCUGGACGAAUUCCGAUUUAUUCCUCCUGCAUACGGCAAGAAGCGGGUAACAGGACGGGGUGUGGACACCCUGAAGGAAUAACCACAAGAGAAAAGUGUCGACAGUUCAAUUGCUGCUAUCUCAAAGCAUACACAGGCCCGGAACAAGGCCCACGUUGUUACCAGCCAAUACGAAUUUACGGCGGCGCGGGACCUAGUGGUUGGAGUAUUUGGAGCGGUUGGAGUGUUUGUUCAAAGUCAUGUAGAAACGGUACGAGAUCACGAAACCGAGUUUGUACAGGAGGCUUACCUGGGUCUAUUAUCUGUCCACAGUCCGACACAAAUAUUGAGGUGUGCUCAUUGGGUCCGUGUCCAUGUGACGUCAACCCGUGUCGUAAUGAUGGCGUCUGCAUCGUUGACGCAAGGCGAGCUCACGGCUAUCGCUGCGAGUGCCCGAAUAAUCUCAUUGGAAAGCAUUGCGAUUUCGCGGAACCAGUUUUAACCUGCCUGAAAGAUUCAAUCACUGUCUCCUUCGACAAGCGUGUGAUAGAAGACGAGGGGUUGUUGAACGACCCUGAUCUCAUCCACUUUAGCGGUUACAAUUCAUCCUUAUGCUAUGCAACACCAAGUCCCGAUGGCUUGAAUUACCAGCUUUCAAUACCCCCACCCAUUGACAGAAACUGUGGUUCAUCCAUCAAGGUCACUGGUGAAGAAUAUACCGUCAGGAACAAAGUGAUUUGGCGUCUGGCUGACUCGGGCGCCACCUCAUCUGUUGUUUUACUUGAUCUUGCUUGCGUGUAUGAUAAAAAGCCAAACGCGACGACGGGUCUCGGCUUUGGAAUUCAACCUACAGUCAGAACGAUAUCCGAGCAAACCAGCCAUGCAUCGUUUGAAGUUGACAUAUCGCUGUAUCGAGACAGUAGUUAUUCUCCAGGAAGUUUAAUCACAAGUUCACCAAGACUAGCACAAGGUGAAGUUCUUUACGUAUCCGUAGACAUGGUUUCCCUUUCUAUAACAGAUCAGCAAAAUCAAGCUCUCGUGCUAGACAGAUGCUUUGCAACAGACACCAGUUCGGAAAGAAGAAAUGUAUACGACUUUAUACGAAAUGGGUGUUCCACUCACCCUGCUUUUUCAACUGUGAUACAAAGUGGAGAGUCGUCGCGAGCAAAAUGGUCGUUCCGUGUUUUCGAGUGGAAGACAGAAACGAAUACAAACGACAUUUUCAUUGUUUGCAAGGUAUCUGUGUGUGAUGCCGGUUACGAAUCGUGCCUGCCAGUUUGCAGCGACAGUGCUGUGCAACCGGCGACACAUGUGGGCAGUAUUGAGUCGAACGUCACCGCAGAGAACAUUGAACUUGAAAGUAUGUUGAACAGUUUGUCAGUGACCGGUUCCGAGGUCGAGCUUUCAAAUUUGAACAGAAGCAGGCGAGAAAUCACAGAUAAAACUAAAAAGUUCCCUCGACGACACGGAUACUUGCCGAACCGAAACAAACAGCGAAGAAUUGCAUCAGAUUCUGGAUUCCAAGUCUUUGUUUCAAAAAGAAUAUCCGUUCUUGGACCAGAUGCUGGAUUUGGAGAAGGCUUCAUGCAAUAUCCUCUGCGUGAAAACGAUAGCAAACGUAACUACCUGAAUUCGCAUAACAACGAGGAAAAUGAAGUUUCAACGUGCGGGUUGGCCUCGUUCGUCAUGGUUGGGUGUGCCAGUGUCGUGACGUACGUGCUCGUAGCCGCAGUUGUCAAAAGUCUGUUGACACGAAUGCGACGUUGA